UCGGAAGGAUGGUCCCUUUGCCUCAAGGCCAUGCAAGACCAUGACCGACGGCUCGUCGCGGGAUGGAAUAAUGAAAUUGACACGAUGUUAAUCUUCGCGGGCCUUUUCUCUGCGGUUCUCACCGCGUUCCUCCUGGAAUCUAUGGACCAGUUGGAGCCUGACACUGAUCAGCUCACUGUCCAGCUGCUCGCGCAAAUUUCAAGCCAACUCCAAAAUUUGUCUCUUCGCUCUGACGUUCCGGAUGCUACUACGCCUGCCAUGAACCCUCUAUCGGCCGAUUUCCAUGCCGCCCCCUCAGCCAUUCGUAUCAAUAUUCUAUGGUUCACGAGCCUCGUCUUCAGCCUGUCCACAGCUCUGUUCGCCAGCAUAGUCCGGCAAUGGCUCCGCGAGUUUGACUCUGCCAAAGAGAGCCUGUCUUUAAUGGAGAGCAUUCGCCUCCGC